AUGGCCCCCGACUUUCCACGCAUCUUUUUGCUUUCGACGCGCCUCAGCGUCAACGAGUUACACGAGCUCGAGAACCAAACCCCGACGUUGACAUAUGACAUCAACGAGGCUAACGUUGUGGUGGGCAAUAUCUCGCAAGCGCAGCGCGCCAAGUUCGAGCUGAGGAAGGCGAAACUCGAGACUGUGCCCAUCGAAAGCCCACAAAUACAUGACAACAAGUCUCAGCAAACGUACACAACCGCCGGCACACAAGAGAGGGACCCCGAAGAUGCUCCCAGCUCAAAGCGGAGAAGAGUUGCUGAGCCAUUGACACCAGAUGAUGGUGAUAUUAUUAAGGUUGUCAAGCUGGCAUGGCUGAAGGACUCUUUUGAGCAUGGAACUGUUUUACCCGUUGAAAAGUAUCUCCUGUACCAAGGCAAGAAGGUCUCCCCAAAAGAUGCGACGCCAACAUCAGCUACAAUCCAGCAUUCUUCAACAACAAGCAUACUAGAGCGAGCCAGACAAGACCAACAAGCGCAACCACCGAGCAAUUCACCUCGUGAUCGAUCCAAACAUCGUUCUCAUACUUCAGCAACCUCAACUGAUCGUGUACCCAGCUUGCUUCAUCAGACAACUUCGGAGCAUGAUAUCACAUUGCCCCUAGUUCCCGAUUUCCUUGAAACGCCCUAUUCUUGUCAGCGGCCUACGCCGAUGAACCCGCCUAACAAGGCCUUCGUUGAGGCCUUGAUCGAGGUCAGGACCAUUCGUCAACUUCAAGGUGACGAGGUUGGUGUCAGGGCGUACUCUACUUCUAUUGCUACUGUAUCGGCGUAUCCACACAAGUUGCAGAACACACACGAAGUAGAGCGAUUGCCGGGCUGCGGUGCUAAGAUUGCCGAGCUUUGGCGUGAGUGGAAUGAGACAGGGGAGUUGACGGAGGUUCGUAAAGCUGACGCAGAUCCUAUGAUCUCUGCACUCAGACUCUUCUACAACAUCUGGGGAGUUGGAGACACGACGGCACGCGAGUUUUACCGCAAGGGAUGGCGAGAUCUAAACGACCUUGUCGAUUUUACUUGGGACUCGCUCAGCCGCUCCCAGCAGGUUGGGGUCAAGUUCUAUGACGAAUUUCUACUCAAGAUCCCACGAGACGAAGUUGAAUCUAUCGGCGCCGUUAUACUGAAGCAUGCACGUGAGAUUGACGCUGGCUUUGAGAUGAUUAUUGCGGGAGGAUAUCGACGCGGCAAGUUGCAGUGUGGUGACAUUGAUGUCAUUUUGAGCCACCAGGACGAAAACAAGACACUGAGAGUUGUGAACACGUUGAUUCAGAGCCUUGAGCAAGCUCAGUUUAUCACGCACAACCUCGUAAUGUCGCUCCACAACAGCGAGCGAGGACAGCGGCCAGUGUCAUGGAAGGGCGAGGGCGCAAGCGGGUCAGGCUUUGAUACCCUGGAUAAGGCGAUGGUUGUAUGGCAAGACCCGAGCCAAGAGGACGCACCACAUCGACGAGUCGACAUCAUCAUCAGUCCAUGGAAAACAGUAGGAUGUGCGCUUUUAGGCUGGAGCGGCGGAACAACGUUCCAACGAGACCUCCGACGAUACUGUAAGAAGGUGAAGGGGCUCAAAUUUGAUAGUAGCGGCGUCCGGCGUAGGUCUGAUGGGAUGUGGGUGGAUCUGGAGAAGGGCCCCGCUGGAGACGGAGCUCCGGAUAUGGAGACUGCGGAACGGAGGGUGUUUGAAGGACUCGGGCUGACGUGGCGACCGCCCGAGGAGAGAUGCACCGGGUGA